ACAAACCCAUGUAAACAAUCGCCUGACUCGGGGUGCACUGAGGCUGCGGGCCGAGAUGGGAGCCAUGGGUGACGCGCGGGGCUACCUGGAGCUCUCCCCGGACCCAGUAAGGUUCGAGCCAGUCAGCAAGGUCACCAAUGUGUUCUUUGACGAUACUAGCAAGGAGGUGUUGAGUGUGCGGGGGGGAGGCACGCUGGGGGUGGUGGUGCGGGGGCAGGGCAGGGACCACACCUUCAGGAUGGAGGACCGUGGCCCCAUCUCCUCCCUCAAGUUCUCCCCCGACCACACCGUCCUGGCCGUGCAGCGCUCCAAGAAUGCUGUGGAGCUGCUGAGUUACAACAAUGGAGAGGUGGGUGCUGGCCUGACCCAGGAGUGCCGUGCCAAGUCUGCCACGCUGCUCGGCUUCAUCUGGACCAACAAUGAUGACCUCGCCCUGGUGACUGACCAUGGCGUGGAAUUUUACCAGGUGAGCCGUGAGCGUCUUGGUGUGCGUCACCUGCGCAGCUACAGUGUCCCCUGCACCUGGUUUGUGUGGAGCCCUGAGUGUCUGCUGCUGCUACUGUGUUGUGGCACCUCCCCCUCUUCCACCACCCUGCAGCCCUUCUCCUUCAAGCCUGGACAGUCCACUAAGCUGGCCAAGUUUGAAGUGGAGGUGAGCGGUCCCGGCGGUCCCAAUGCACCAGGAAUCACGCUGGGGGAGCGCGACGUGUGUGUGGGGUGGGUGUACAGCCUGCCCUCUGUGUGUGUACUGCGCCACCCUGCCUCCCCCUCCGUCACCGCUGCCCUUGAUGUCUACACUCAGAACAAAGAUAGCCAGUUCAAGAAGGCCUACACAUGUCGCCUGGAGCUGACUGGGAGGUUUGCUGUCAACAUCAUCGACAGCCUCAUCAUUGUGCACCACCAGGCCUCAAAGACCUCCCUGCUGUUUGAUGUGCUGGUGGGCGGAGGUGACGGGGGAGGGGGCAUGACCUGGGUGUUCCCCCUCCCCCCGCCAAGGUCAGUGCAGCCCUUCUCUCUGGUGGAGGCCAGCGCGCUCCCCUGCCAGGCCGCCUCUCCCCCCUCCCUCCCUUGUGAACUGUAUGCCCCCACUUGGGUUGUGUUUCAGCCAGACAUUGUGAUAGAUGCUCGGCUGGGUUGCAUGUGGCACCUACAGCUGCGCCUUGACUGUCUGGCGGAGGCUGUGCAGGACAAGACGCAGCUGGUGGACUGCCUACUUCGAAGAAAACAAGCCAAGUCUCUGGUGCUGCUGGUGGUGAGGAAAGUGGUGGAGUCAGGACAGCUGGCCUGCCUGGGACAGAUAUUCGACAAGAUCAACGCCGCAUACAGGCAGCACCUCAACACCAUCCUCCAGUCCCAGAAGUCAGGUUUGUUUCUGAUGGGGGAGAGUGUGAGCUUCUCUGCUGCAGCAAGUGGAGGGGUGGAGCGGCGUGUGGUGGUAGUGGAGCAGGCAGACAUGUACAGCGCUGUCCUGGCCCCACUGAUGGAGGAAGCAGAGAAGGUGGAGAAGGAAGGCAAGGCUGGUGUGGGAGACAAAAAAUUGUCAGUCCGAGCAGUGGUGGGGGUGGUGGUGGAGUACACACGCUCGCUGGGGGCAGUUGGGGUGACUGUGCAGCAUUUCCUCUACGAACUGGUGAUCAAUGCCUUGGUGCGUGCCAGACACUUCUACCAACUUCACCAGCUGCUGCAGUACCAUGUCCUGGCUGACUCCAAGCCCCUGGCAUGUCUGCUGUUGUCCCUGGUAGGGGUGUACUCAGCGGGGCAGCAGCUCAGCCUGGACAUGCUGUGCCGACUCAACACAGCGCAUGAUGAGAUCAUUGAGGUGUUGCUGUCACAGCGCCAGGUGACACCAGCCCUCAGGUAUGCACGCAGCGUGGGCCUGGCGGAGUCUGUGUCGGCCCGGAAGUUCCUGGAGGCAGCGAUGGGUAGCGGCAGUGACCAGGUGUUCUACUCCACCUUCACCUUCUUCAGCCUUAGGAACACCCGGCUGAGGGGCAACCCAGCCUUUGCUAAGGGUGAACAUUGUGAGGUCUUUGUGGAACAUUACAAGAAGUUAUUUGGAGAACUACCUGACUACAGCAAUCAGCAGUUGUAGUUUUGGUUUGGUAAUUGUAGCAGUAGUAGCAGUGGUGGUGGUGGUGGUGGUGGUGUAGUAGUAGUAGUAGUAGAAGUGGUGGUAGUGGUGGUAGUGGUAGCAAUAGUAUUAGUAGUAGUAAUAGUAGUAAUAGUAGUAGUAAUAGUAGUAGUAGUAAUAGUAGUAGUAGUAGUAGUAGUAGUAGUAGUAGUAGUAGUAGUAGUAGUAGUAGUAGUAGUAGUAGUAGUAGUAGUGAUAGUUAAUAGUGGCUGUAGUAGCAGAUGAAAUACUGUAUAUUGGUAAUCACAGGGAGAACAACAAUAGUAACCUAACUGUGAGUAAUUCCAAGAGCUUGUCAAUUAAUGAGAUACAAAUACACGAGAGAAUGCUCCACAGUAGUACAAUGGCAGUGGCUGGAGUGUUAGCAGUAGCAGCAGCACCAGUAGCAGCAGCAAUAGCAGCAAUAGAAGUAGCAGCAGCAGCAGCAGCAGCAGCAGCAGUGGCAGUAGAAGAAGCAGCAACAAAUCAGAUAUAUAAAGAAAAGACAACAAGAUCACAAUGAAUCAACACAUUCUCAGAUCACAGUCUCCAUAUAUUUGGAAAAAUAACAAAAAUCACAAUAUCUGCCACAAAAAGGCUCAUUCCAAAGGACAUUACAGAAACAAGUGGCUGUGCAUGUCCAUUUCAGGCCAUCUGUCAGUGCAACUCUUGAGUGUGAGAGGAUGUACGUGAUGUGAAUGUUUGUACCUUCUUUUGUUUAGUUAUGUUGUGGAGACCUUGAUCUCAGGAACUUGAGUGGAGACAACGGUGAUGUUGGUGUUGUGUGGUGUUUGAGGAGUCACUUGUUACUGUUGUUGAUGUUUGUGUUUCCUUUACAGUGCUAUGAAUGGUGACUGAAGGGAAGGGGAUGUGUCUUAACAUGUUGCAGUGCUCUGAGAGUGAGAGCAUUGUGUUUGUGGCUCUUGCAGUGAAAUGUGUAUGUUUGCAUGUAUUUUUAUACUGUAAGAGCACUCAGCCUUCCUGUAUCCCCCUAAGAUUAUGAGAGCUUUAUUCUGUCCAUAUGUCUUGUACGUUUGUAUGUAGAUCACGCCUUAUGAAUUUUAACCAAUAUCUCAGAACAGUGGGAGGUGUUGUCAUCUGCCACUUAGACACAUGCUUCACCAUUCACAUCAAAACUUUUCUCUCCUUUUAAUUGUUUUACUGCUAUGGUUAAUAUUUAAGUCACAGCUCUGUAAAAUUAUAAAGUAUUUGCAUUGGCACAGAGGGAAAAAGAGAGAAUAGGAGGUUAGUUUGAUCUUUUCUAGGCUACAGAUCUAUUCAAGAGACUGUAGUAAAAAAUAAUGUCUAAACUGCUGCAAAUGAUUAUGGAUGUAAUAGUCUAGCAGUAAAAAGGUAAACAAUUGAGCAACUAACCCUUACACCUAAGACCAUGCAAUCUCAAAAUGGUCCAUUGCUCCUCCCUAUAUAUUUUGUCUUAUUUGACACACUCAUACACACAUCAAACAAAUUCUUAGCCUUGUCAGCCCCUGGUGGAAAGGAACAGUCUCAUGAAUCACCAGCAGCCGAUGGGGUAAGGAGUGUGCAUGAUGUGUGUAUGAGUGUGUGGUGCUUUGUCUGGGCCAUUCUGUCAUAUGUUGUCUAAACCACUCCAAUACUUUUCUCACACAUCCAUCCCACAGCAAAUAUCAUGUCUGUUUUGUCUUAUCUCUAUUAUUACUGUUGAUUUGGCCUUUCUACAUCCUGUGAAGGCUUAUAAAGGUAGAUUUAAAGCCUGCAAACUUCUUCCCAGUUUAAUCCCUGUUUGGUGUCACUGUUUCUAAUGAGCAUUUUCCACAUGUUUCUAUCUAGGGACAUUCUUUCAUCUAAUCCUUUGUCCCUCAUAUCCCUGUUGGCACAGUCCCUUCACCUGAUCCUUUGUCUUCUUCUUUGCAUUCCCUUCACUUUUAUUUCCAUGACUUCUCUUGCAUCAUGUUCCUCUCCAUUUCUUCUCAUCAAUGACUCAACCAUCUUAGCCUUGCUCCCUGAACUUAUACACUUCAAAAUUCAGAGCCUGUAAACUGCUAUAAAAGAAACGUCAAAAUUUUUAAGGUUUGGUCUACAAGUGAGUGGUGUGAUUGUUGGGCCUCUCACCUUGCCAGCCUCCAUGUAAGACCCCUCAUGUCCCUGCUAGUGUGCUAGAGUGACCUGUGGGUGACCUGAUGCUGUAUCCACUCCUUCCUCCUCCCCACAGACCUGCUGCAUCCUACCCUGUCCUUUGUGUGUACAUAAGGAGCAAAGCAGAGACAUGAAUUGUACAGUAUAAUAUUCUGGUUCUUUUUGGGAAGUGAGUGUUUCUAUCUUUGUUCAUUCAGUUUAGUUGUACAGUUGCCUCAAGAAGUGACUGUACAGAGUGUUUAAGAUAAAAAGUGGAUAUUAGGCAAUUAUUUCCACCUAUCACAUCUC